GUGCUGAGGAAGGCGGAAGUUGUCUUGGGUGCUGUGCUGGGUUCUCCGCCUGGGAAAGCUGUGGGCAGAGUGCCGGCAAGUCCGGCAGCGCACCAUGAAUGCAGUGACCUAUGAUGAUGUGCAUGUUGACUUCACUCGGGAAGAGUGGGCUUUGCUGGAUCCCUCCCAGAAGAAUCUCUACAAGGAUGUGAUGCUGGAGACCUACAGGAAUCUCACUGCUAUAGGCUACAAUUCGGGAGACCAUAAUAUUGAAGAACCAUGUCAAACUUCUAGAAGAAAUGAAAGGCAUGAAGGAAAUCAUACUGGAGUGAAAUCUGGUGAAUAUACUCAAAGUGAUAAAGCCGUUGCAUAUGACAGUCAUCUUCAAAGACAUGAAAGAUUUCCUACUGGAGAAAAACGCAAUCAAUGUAGUCAGUGUGGUAAAGCCUUUGCACAUCACAGUUAUCUCCGAAUACAUAAAAGAACGCACACUGGAGAGAAACCCUGUGAAUGUAAGCAAUGUGGUAAAGCCUUUGCACAUCUCAGUAGUCUCCGAAGGCAUAAAAUAACACAUACUGGAGAGAAACCCUACAGAUGUAAUCAGUGUGAUAAGGCCUUUUCACAACCCACUAGUCUCCAGAUACAUAUAAGAACGCAUACUGGAGAGAAGCCCUAUGUAUGUUAUCAAUGUGGUAAAGCUUUUUCACAACACAAUAGUCUCCGAGUACAUAAAAGAACGCAUACGGGAGAGAAACCCUACAAAUGUAAUGAAUGUGGUGAAGGCUUUGCACGUCACAGUCAUCUUCAAAAGCAUGAAAGAAUGCAUACUGGAGAGAAACCCUAUGAAUGUCUUCAACAUGAUGAAGCCUGUGCACAUCUCUAUACUCUUCAGCAUCAUGAAAGAAUUCAUACUGGAGAGAAACCCUAUGAAUGUACUCAAUGUGGUAAAACCUUUGCACAUAACAGGCAUCUCCGAAUGCAUAAAAGAACACAUUCUGGAGAGAAAACCUGCAAAUGUAAUCAGUGUGGUAAAGCCUUUGCACAUAAGAGUUAUCUCCGAAUGCAUAAAAGAACACAUUCUGGAGAGAAACCUUAUGAAUGCACUGAAUGUGGUAAAACCUUUGCAUAUCACAGUUAUCUCCGAAUACAUGAAAGAACACAUACUGGAGAGAAACCCUACGAAUGUACUGAAUGUGGUAAAGCCUUUGCACGGCACACUAGUCUCCAAAUACAUAAAAAAACACAUACUGGAGAGAAACCAUAUGCAUGUAAUCAAUGUGAUAAAGCCUUUGCACAUCACAAUUACCUCCGAAUACAUAAAAGAACACAUACUGGAGAGAAACCCUAUGAAUGUGCUCAAUGUAGUAAAACCUUUGCGCAUCACAGUAGCCUUCAAAUACAUAAAAGAACACAUACUGGAGGAGACUCUAUGAAUGCAAGCAAUGUAGUUAAGCCUUUGCAUGUAACAGUACUCUUUGAAGUCAUUGGAAAUAAUCAUGUUGGAGAGAAUCCCUAAACAUGUAGUCAGUGUGCAAAGUCUUUGCACUUUGUGGUAGUCUUCAUUCAAGAGGAAAACCUUUAGUGUAUAGUCAAUCUUUUAAAGCCUUUGCACAUCACAGUUGUCUUUGAGAACCUGAAAAAACUCAUAACCAAAGGAUUUGGUAAAAUCUUUAGCCAGCGUUCUUACAUUCAGUUAUACAAGAUUAUUUAUUCUGGAGAAGAAAAAAGUCUGACAGUUGUCGACAGUCUGUUCAAGCUUAUGAUGUUUCUCUGUAUUUUGUUUGUACUGUAAACUCAUGGACAAAAGCCUUAUGAAUUCCCUUUUAGAUUUUACACUUCGGUUCAAUCACAUGAAAUAGCUGAUGCAGGUGUAAAACUUCAUGGGUGUGAUUGUUCUGUGCCCUCCAAGUCUUCGAGUUUUCCUUCUUUAGGCAACUACAUGUAGCUUUCAGUGGCAGCAUCCUGAAGGUUCCGGCUUUGUGGUCACCACAUGAGCCUUAGUCCCUCAGUCCCCCUCCUGUCAUCCCUGUAACUUGCCUGCCUGGUAGGAAUAAGGGUAUUCUAAAGAUAGAAACAUCUUUUCUACUUUCCCUGUUGGCUAGCAGCUAGUGAAACAGUUUACCCCUUGAGAUCCCCAGGAGUCUCACUCUUGGCAAAGACUGAGUCCCCCAGAAGAAAACUUCUCUGCUGAAGAAGACACAUUUACCCCUUAUCUGAAUACCUUGCACUGGAGAAAGCUGAGAAUUGGGAGGGAUUUAGGGAUGGAAAAAAUCAUUAUAGGGCUUUGUUAGAUUUCUUCGUUGCCUUCUAACUAAGGAUGAAUUGAUUACCUUAUAUUUUCAUAACUGUUCCAAAAUCAUCAUACUGAAUAAAUACCAUGUUUUAAUAA